AUGUUGAGAGAUCAAUCACCAUUUAUUCAAUGCCUUCUAGGAACUGGAUUUACAUGGCUUGUUACAGCCGCUGGUGCAUCUCUAGUAUUUGUAUUUCGUUCGGCAAACCAAAAAUUACUUGAUUAUAGUCUCGGAUUUGGAGCUGGGGUAAUGACUGCAGCUUCAUUUUGGAGUUUACUUGAUCCCGCAUUUAAAAUAGCUCGUGAAGAACAUUACAUCAAUAAGCAUUUAAAUUUUCUGUUGGUUAUUAUUGGUUUUUUAUUUGGUGGUUUAUUUGUUCAUAUGACUGAUCUAUUAUUACCAUCAUUAACAUCGAAACAAGUCUUUCAAUUUAUUUCAAAUAAAAAAACUGAUGAAUACAAAAGAAAACCUGAGCAAGGAACAUUGACAAGUUUAAAAAUGAAUCCAGCUAUACGUUUGCGUGUAAAACAAAAUCGAGAUGCUAAAAUUAAAAUUCAUGAACCUAUUGGUGAUAGUCCAAUGGAAGAAGUAAAAGAAUUUCCAAUAAAUCAUAAUGAUGAACAAGCAAAAUGGCGUCGAUUACUUUUACUUAUUAUCGCUGUUACUGUACACAAUUUUCCUGGUUACAAGAUUUUAUUUUUCGUUUUUGAAAAUAGUUUUGUUUUUCUAGAAGGUUUAGCCGUCGGAGUUGGAUUCGGAUCAAUACCAACAUCACAAAAUCCAAUAUUAUCUUUCAAUCAUGCACGAAAUUUAGCAAUUGGGAUUGGUAUUCAAAAUUUUCCUGAAGGAUUAGCAAUAAGUCUACCACUGCGAUCAUUUGGUAUCGGAUCGUUCAGAGCAUUUUGGUAUGGUCAAUUAAGUGGUUUAGUUGAAAUCGUAGCUGGAAUCUUGGGCGUGUUUUUUGUACAAUUAGCAAAUUUUUUACUACCAUUUGCACUAUCGUUUGCUGCUGGUGCAAUGUUAUUUGUUGUUUUUAAUGAAAUUAUUCCCGAAAUCAGUCCACAAAAUCGAACAAAAUCAUCUUGGUGGAUAAUGGGUGGGUUUACAAUCAUGAUGGUAUUAGAUGUUGUAUUUAAUUAA